AUGUUGUCAGAUAACAUGAAACAAAAGAGCGAAAAGAAACUCAUUGCUGACUUCGACGCUGUUUCAUUAUAUCCAUCCGCUAUAGCAAGACUUUAUACUUUAGAAGGAAUUCCAAAAGUAUUGAAGGAUGAGAUGUUAAGCACAGAGUAUCUCAUGAGACAUUUAUUCGAUGACGACCAAAAGGAACCCAUUGGUGAAAAGUUUAUGUCUGGCUUCUUUGUUCUCAUUAAGAUAACAGAGAUUGGAAUACAUAGACACUUUCCUUUAAUAGUUUGUGACCCUGAACUAAAUCCAGAACUUAACGUUCCCAGAAGUUCAAACACUUGCUGUUUAAUGUAUGUUGACCAUAUAACAUUACAAGACCUCAUAAAAUAUCAAGGUGUCAAAUGUGAAGUGUUGCAAGGAUACUAUUACGAUGGAAACAGAGAUAUUAGAAUAAGAGAUGAAGUAAAGAAGUUGUUUGAGUUAAGGUUAAAGUAUAAGAAAGAAGGAAAUCCUUUGCAAGAAAAUAUAAAGCUCAUUCUGAACAGUAUUUAUGGCAAAACUAUUCUAUCUCCUAUUGAGUCAAAAAUAACCAUAGUAAAUGACAAAGAUGCUAUAAGAUAUGCCAUCAGAAACUACAACCAUAUAGUGAAGUUCGAAGGUUUGGAUGGUUCAGAUAAAACUAUUUUCAAGCUAACGAAAAGCAUUUGCAGACACUUUAACUUCUGUCCACUUGGUGUUAAUAUUCUAUCUAUGUCGAAGAGAAUAAUGUGUGAAGUAUUCUGUACUGCUGAAGAUAUGGGACUUCAAAUAUUUUACCAGGACUGUGAUAGCAUGCAUAUUUUCAAUGAAGACAUACCAAAGCUUGCAGCAGAGUUUAAGAAGAGAUACG